GCUGCAUUGAGUUGAUCUCACCUCAAUAAGUGUGCCAUACUGUCAUAGUCAUUACAGAUCUGUUUUUAUUGUCAUACUGUAGCCCUUAAUUUCAUGAAAGCACAACUUCGUUAUGGAUCGGAUACUUGAAGUAUAUAAGGAUGCUAUUUAUGAUAAAGCAGAUCAAAGGACAGAAUCUUGGUUUCUAGUAAGCAGUCCAUGGCCUCCUGUCAUAAUAUGCAUUUCUUAUAUUCUUGUGUGUGCAAACUGCGACAAAAUUAUGAAGAAUUUUCAAGCAAUGAGUCUUAGACCUAUUCUUGUUGCAUACAAUUUUGGACUUGUGAUUUUAUCAGUCUACAUGGUUUAUGAGUUUCUGGUUACGAGCAUCCUCUCAGGAUACAGCGUGAUAUGUCAGCCAGUUGAUUAUUCCGACAAUCCUUUAGCGAUUCGUAUGGCCAAAGUAUGCUGGUGGUAUUUUUUCUCAAAGUACAUAGAGCUUGCGGACACUGUCUUCUUCAUAUUGAGGAAAAAAUUUAAUCAAGUUUCAUUUUUGCAUGUUUAUCAUCAUGCAACUAUGCUGAUAAACUGGUGGCUGGCUAUUAAAUAUGUAGCUGGAGGAAAUUCUUUCCUUAUCGGUGUUAUCAAUUCAUUUAUCCAUGUUAUAAUGUAUUCAUACUAUGGAAUAGCAGCCAUUGGACCUCAUAUGCAAAAAUAUCUCUGGUGGAAGAAAUAUCUCACAAAAUUACAAUUGAUCCAAUUCUUCAUCAUGCUAGUGCAUAGCGCAAAUAUACUUCUUGGCGACUGUGAUUUUCCAAAGUGGAUUAGUGGUCUUGUUGUCGGAUAUCAAGUCACACUCAUCUUAUUAUUUGGAAAAUUUUACUUCGAUAGUUAUCGAAGGAAAAAAGAUUGAUUCUAAUUAUUUUAGAGAACCAAAUUACAAUUCCAGAAAAUAUUGAACUGUAUUAUUCAAAUUGUAGGAAAUUAUCAAAAUCUUCAUUUUCGAACCCCUGUGUUAUUCUAAUUUCUGUGGUAGGCUAUUGUUUGAUUACAUUGGAUUUUGUAUUAUUCAUACUGAAAAUUAUUAACAGUGUUUUAAUUUGUUGUUUAGGCUUCUACUGUUUGCAUAUGAUAAUUUACAGUGUUAUAUUAUUAAAUUACUUACUUUUACAAAAUUGGACCAAAACUCUGGUAAAGUGUUUUAACAAUUAUAUCUACUGUAACAAUAUAUUUUUUAUAAUUGAUUAAAAUCAAUUCAGUGGAAUACUGAUUGCCAAAUUUUGAUUUCAACUGAAUUUUACAAAUGAAUGAUAUGUAGGUUAUUACCUACGGGUAGUUUCAUUUUGUGAUUAAAAAAAAAUUUAAAUUUGCUGUGUUCCAGUCUUAUUCAUUUCAAAUCUUAUUUAAUCUGCCUCCUUCAGCUAUCUCCAAAAUAAUCUGAGACAGGUUUUUAUUUUAAAUAGCAAAAGUUAUUGUUUCUAAACUAAAAUAUGCAGAAAACUUACUGUAAUAUCACAGGUGUAUAGUAAUCAAUCUCUUAAACUUCAGUCUUCCAAAUAAUGGUGCUAAGCAUGAUAAUAUAAUAUAGCAAAUGCCAAUUUUAUCAAUUUGAAUAAAUAAAAAUAUCUCCAUUAAGUUCUUGUAUAAAAUUAGAAGACAAAAUUCAGAAUAUCAUGUAUGUAUGUAUAUAUAAAUAUAUAAUAGCAAGUAUAGCUAAAAUUAUCAGCGAAAUUAACACUUAUUCUGUUACUAAACUAGAGCAAAUACUUAAAAAGUACAUUCCUUCAUAAAAUAGCAAGUUUAUAUAUUCAUAUAUUUCAUGUGUGCAACUAUUUGGUUAUCAAAAUAAAAUACCUGUAUGCCCUAAGUACCGGUACUCUUUAUAUUUUGAAUGUGAAUAAUAUGCAGUUUGUACUUCUACUGUUAUAUUUUGAGCCAAAUUCAAUUUUCUCUUUUGUAUAGUCAUAUUAACCCUUUUUACCCAUAUCAAUAUGUAGUCAGAAUUCGAGAUUUCAUUCCAUUACCAUAAAAAAGUGUUUCUAGUUGUAAAUUUUUGUUUAAUUCUGCUGGAUCGAAUAUUAAAAAUUAAAAUAUAGGAUUUUUCACACUAGUCCUGUACCGGUUUGAAUGUUAUUAAUAAUGGUAAAUGUGUCUUAUAAGUUGGACACUAUACAAAUAUAAUAUAACUGAUUACAGUAAAUUUGAAAUGACUCUAAACAUGCCAUUCAAACUAACAAACGUAAAGAUUUUGAGAGUAUAUGAAAGAGAUGUAAAUCGAAUAGUAUUUUAAAUCCAGUUGAUUUUUAUUAUACAAACAAUAUGAUUUUUGGAGUGAAA